GCUGGCAGGCACUGUGCAGCGAUGGGACCCCUGGGAGCUUGAGUCUGCACAGCCUGGAAAAUCUGGUUGAAAUGUGGAUUCCCUAAGGGACUGGCAGGAGUCUCAGCGCUUGCUCCUUCUGUGCUCCGCUUACCCUUGCGUCGGGCUCCCUGACUUGUGUACUGAAGCCUGGAGCAGGGCUGAGGGGAUGGUAAAUGGUCAGCAUCUGCCCUUGGGGGUCUGCCUUCAUCCUCGUGGCCCUGUAGGAUGAGGAUCUACAGAGGGAGCCAUCCUGACCUCUGGGUCUGAACACAUUCAAAUCUGGCACGGCUUCUUUCAGUUUCCACUUUGGUGAAGCCUAGGAACAUCUAGGCAGCCCCUUUGCCGCCUGAUUGCCUCUUCAUCUUUCUGGCAGUUCUCUUGGUGCAUGCCUUUCCCAGUGGAUGGCGAUCCCUGCAGGGAGAACUGAGCAGAUUCUUCGUGUUGCAUUCCUGGUUUUACAGUCGGGGGCUGGCCCUAGAAGGUUCUCAAGGAAGGCUAGUAGUCGAUGUCAGCUGCCUUCGCUCAGUAAGCGCUCUUCUCCAAGGUAGAUCUUGUGAACCGGCAACAGCAGGGUAAUCCUAAAUUACUCUCCUGGUCCCUGCUCCAGAAAUGGCAGCAGAGAGUUCAGUUCCUUUCUCAAGGCCACCAAGGUGGGAAGUAGUUGGACUGGCCAGGUUGCUUCCAGCCGGCCCACGCAGCUGUGGGCGGGUGUCAGGCCUAUGACUGGAGUCUGCUGAUUGGGUAUCUGUGGGCAGCCAAGGGAUGCUGUGGGUGCUGUGAUUUCUGCCCCCAAAACAAUGCUUCAUUGUGGGAUUUUGCAACCAGUGGAUCCUUCUGUGCAGUCCCAGGCUUCAGCUCCAGCCGGUGUCAGCCCCUCCCAGCCAUUUCAGCACUCCAGUGGUGCGAGGCUGAAGUGUGGCCUGGACGACAGAUGACAAGGUUGUGUCUGCCUUGUGGUCCAGUAAUUGAUCAGAGGAAGCAGAGGGGUGUCGACUCUGGGUGCAACCUUGUGGCUGUUUUUGUACCUCUUGGGGGUAUAAGAAAGAAAACAGGCACGGUGAGGUUGGUGGGCAUCCCUCACCUAUGCAGCUGCUCCUGCUGAAGAAUGAAGAUGAGCAGUGAAGGGGUCGGAAGGAUCAGUUUCUCCCAGUAGAGGCGAUGGAGAUGAGACACUGCCCCAGCAUGAACUGUACGCCCAGAAACAGGAAGUAGAAGCGGGAGCAGCUGCCUCUUUGCCAUGGCCUGUGAGCCUCCCACAGACCCUGGUGGGGCAGCUGGUCCCCUGCCCACCUCUAUCCUGGGCUGCAGCUCCCUGCCUCAAAGGAGCCCUCCUGGCUGGGGUCAAGAGCUUCACAAUGGCCAGGUCCUCACAGUCCUCCGGAUUGACAAUACCUGUGCACCCGUCUCCUUCGACCUGGGAGCUGUAGAAGAGCAGCUACAGGCCUGGGGCAUUCAGGUCCCUGCUGAGCAAUACAGGAACCUGGCCGAGAGUGCUCUCUUGGAGCCUCAGGUGAGGAGGUUCAUCAUCUACAACUCGAGGCCCGUGCGGCUGGCCUUUGCUGUGGUGUUCUAUGUGGUGGUGUGGGCCAACAUCUACUCCACCAGCCAGAUGUUUGCCCUGGACAGCCCGUGGGCAGGCGUGCUGCUUGCCACCCUGACUGCUGUCAGCCUCACCCUGACUCUUGUGCUGGUGUUUGAGAGACAGCAAAGGAAGGCUAACACUAACACAGACCUGAGGCUGAUGGCCGCCAAUGAAGCCCUUCUGAGACACCGUGUGCUACUCGGGGUGACAGACACAGUGGAAGGAUGUCAGAGUGUGAUCCAGCUCUGGUUUGUCUACUUCGACCUGGAGAGCUGUGUGCAGUUUUUGUCUGAUCAUAUUCAGGAAAUGAAGAGGAGCCAAGAGUCCAUGCUGAAAAACAAAUUAAGCCAGCUAUGUGUUGUCAUGGAGACAGGAGUGAGCCCUGUGGUGGAAGGGUCUGAGGACUUGGAGGAUGCCCCCCUGCUACCCAGCACUCCUGGUCCUCCGGAGAGACCACUCAUGCAGACUGAACUCUAUCAGCUUGUUCCGGAGGCUGAGCCAGAGGAGAUGGCCCGGCAGCUACUGGCAGUGUUUGGUGGCUACUACACUCGGCUCCUGGUGACCUCCCAGCUGCCCCAGCCAAUGGGAGCCCGACACACAGACUCUGCACAGGUCCCAUGCCCCUGUCAGCUCAUAGAAGUACACAUUCUCGGCACAGGAUGCUGCCCAUUCCUGGCCAGGUGACCUGUGGACAAAGACGUUCAUCUUCCUCCAAGAUUGAGAAGUUGGGGAGGAGUCAGGAGCCUGGAGUGGCUGACCCUGAGCUCAGAUGAGAUCAACAUUUGGGGACACUUUGGAAGUGUCUGUCAUGUUGGUCAUGGGGUCCCCAAGUGCACGCCAGAUGUCUUGUCGACAUCACACACUGUCCUGGCCUCGCUGAAUCUGGUGGCUGAGCUGAAUGGGGCGAGGAGACCAGGGCUGGUGGUCAUCAGCAGGGCACUUGGAAAAGAAGACCCUGUUGGCGCGACUCAGACUGAUUUUGUGGACGACAUGCUGGCUUGUGUCACAGUUCUGUCCUGCGGAGUGGCAGUGCUUCCUCACACCCCACUGUUCUGGAGUGAAGUGUGGUCAGACAUGCUGGGUUUGAGCAGAAAGCUCAGAGGCUCCCCAAGAGUUUGAAGACUGCCCACAGCCCCAUGUUCAAAGCCCUCAUUUGGUGUGAAGGUCCAGCUCCGAGUUCCAGCUUCGUGGUUUCUUCCCCACAAAUCACCACCCUAAGUUCGAACUCUUCCCCGGACUGGCAGGGGCAGCUUUCGUGUCCCUUCUGCUGCUUUCCGUCAUUGAAAUUCCUCAUGGAACUGCUCCUAUUACUGAUGUUUAUGUUAUCCAUUUUUUCCUGUACAUACUUCUUUUUCUAUCGAGACUGUAAACUCCUCAGGGUCCAACACUGUACCUAUCUUCCUUUUGUGAAUGACCUGGACUUGCUUAAAACAAAAAUACGUCUGAAAAGUCCCAUGGA